UAAUUAGAUAAAACGGACGGAAUGGAACCAAUGAAUACAUGUAGGCUGGAAGCUACCUGGAGAAUACUAACCCUGCAGAUAUAUGCAGUAUUCUAGUCGGAAAUUCUGGUAGGAUCUACCAUCAAGGAGGAAUGUCUUAUGAACGAUGUCAAAACACAGAAGUCAGUAAAACGAUGGCUCAACAGGUUGCUUCAAGACAUAGAGAUCCUACAGCAAAAAUACAGUGUUGUUCAAAGAAUGGAUGUAAUUGGAAUUUUACAACAGCCUCCACAAAAGACGGAGGAGCAAGUAUAGAUUCAGGGUUUACAGAGAUAGUUGCAGACAAUAAUACUUUACUUUCUGCUCUUGGUUUUGUUGUACUUGGUUUAAUCCUUCUUCUUCUAAUAUUCUUCUUGUGCUUCCUACUGUAUAAAAGACAGACUAAAGAGGAGGAUCCGACAGAAACAAAGGAGGAGCGAACUCUGUUUAAAGACGAGGGGUCUCAAGCUGCAAAUUUAAAGGGGAUGUACAGCCAAAAAUAUGCUCAACAGUACAUAGAAAUGGAUCGUGCCUCCAGUAAAAAUAGUUUUGGAGGACAAUAUCCAGUCAGUUCAGGAUCAACUAAGAUUUCAGUUCGGCCUGCCACACCCGACACUAUGGCUGAUGUUUGGAAGAAUAAAAGUAAUGAGAAAUACAACAAAUAUGAUCUUGCCGGUCACAAGUAAGUAAACAAAAAAAAAUAAAAAUGUGCAAAAAUAAUCAAUAAUUGGAACUUUUGCUUCGCCAAACCAAAUCAGAGUUCGGACCUUAUUUUGUAUUUUAAUUCCUUCAUAAAGCAAUAAUCUUCACAUUUUGUGUUCCAAUUUUUGUGAAAUAAUUUAAGUAAUCGCGAAAAUACGCGACAGCUGUUUUUCACGGAUUAAG